UGUGGAAUUUGAUAAGCAGUUUAUAGAAUUUCCGAGAUAAUAAUAUGUAAGUUAUUUAGUUCACCUCAAAAUUAAUCCGUAUACCAAGUCAAAAAGCUUAGGCGUUUCCUCUUUAAACUAAACACUUCUGUUUUUCUUCUCUUUCCCUUGACAUUGUCAGGUUUCUGGGCAACCAGGGCUGACAGAUUCGACUAACCUACAUUAGACAGUGACUAAUAGGCAAAGGUCCUACGGACCGCCCAGACAAACAAAUGACGAAAAGUAAUUAUGUAAGUAACUCCAGUUUCAUGUAUUAUGUACUGACGUUUUCCAAAUACAUUAUGUGUGUGUUGUGUUCCCUAGCCCUAUCAUUACCUGAAUGACCGACGCCGGACAAAAGCUUCAAAAACCCGGGACAUUUGGAUGAAUUGAAUUCUUCCUGGGACACUCCAGUAUUUUUGUUACAACAAAAUCGUUCAUUUCCAACCAUUUUUGGUGCCGGUAAACGCUAGAGCCCAGGAAACAGGCAAUGUUUGAAUUUUUUACACAUGUACUAGUGUCUAUUAUUAUGUAAUUUAAAACAGAAAUAGUUGCGGGUGAAGCAAAUUUUCUUCCCAAAAAUAUUUUCAUAAGGUAUUUGAUACUGCUAUGACUAUGAAUACCAAUGUUGCUAGGUAUAAAUAGUUGAGCUGUUUCAUUUACAAAUAAACAAAAUGAACUUACCUGAUAACUUAAAAACUACUACUAAAAUGCCCCUAUGUGGCACCACUCCACUUUCAAAAAUUCAAAUGCCAUUAUCUCUUGCAAACAAUCAUAAUGAACAUACCUUGAUAAUCUUGGUUUAAUUUGAAAAAUUACCUGUGCUCUUAAUACCUAGUUUACAAUGACAAUAAAUAUCCAGAUUUCAUCAUGAAUUGAGUUCAUGGCAACAUUUCAAAAGUGUAAAACAGGAAUUUGUCAUCAAAUAAAUCCAUGAAGUUGUUCAUGGAUUCCUUCACAAAAUUAGAACUUAGUUCUAAUUUUUGCUAGGUUGGAUGUCAUAUUUUAUGGUGCCAAUCUUGUUUUUCUUUCUAUUGUAUUGAACAACUUUUCAAUUCAAGUAUAGAACUUUGAUAGAAUUACAAUAUUCAACAGUACAGUUUCUGUUUAUGAGAUUGGCUUGUAAAUCAAAACCACAAUAGACAUAAAAGCAAAAACCUCAAAAUAUUUUUGGCAAGAAUGUGUUGUGUGGUUGGCAGCACUGAGUACUGACAGAUAAUCCAUGAAUGUAUUGAUGUAAACACUGCAAAACAUAAUCAUGAUGACCUUGAAGAAAUCAUCUGAAUAAAUUCGGGCAGAAAUUGUUUUUGUUAAAUGAUUAUAGUAAAUGCUCAAUCCUGUCAGUUUAGUUCAGUCUAUCUUUUGCAGCAAGGUGGCGCUUUGUGGAUGUGUCUGCAUUUUAUUGAUCAGAAAGUGCAUAACAUGUCCUAAAAAAUGGUUUUAAAUUGCAGAUCAAUUUCUUCAUUCAUUAAGGGGGUAUAUUAAUAAACAUGUUUCAAUUACAAUUUUCAAGAACUACUGGAUAAGAAGGAUUCAUACUAUGAAUACUUGUGUAAAAUGUACCAAUAUGACACAGUUUUAAAAUUUAUUCUUUCAUUUCUGACCUAGAAUGUCAUGACAUGACACAUUAGAUUCUAUUACUACAGGAUUAAACAGUUGACUGCAGCGCCACCCAUGGGACACUAACGUUUUCAAAGUAGAGUUCUAAAUAUUGUGGAGUCAGUGUCGGAUAAACAAGGGUAUCAAAUGCCGCUGUCCUCACGCACAAACGCUUUAUGAAAGUAUGUUAUCUCUCCUGGGGGAGAGAGCACUGAUGCAGCAUUUCAUUUUCCUUAUUCCACUCAAAGUGGUGGUUUCAAGAUGGCUGAACUUGUCCACAUAUAAAUCCAGAAGUGUGAAUAUACAUCAAUCUAUCACAACAAAUAUCCAAAACAAAGUGUAGAACCGAUAAUGCGAUAAAACGUAAAGGUACGUUUGCGUUUAAAUAUGAGCGCACUGAGCAUACGCGCACGCAUUCAUUCUCGUGCGUGGAGAGUGUUUAAACUGAAAUUCAUUUUUCAACGCAUGGGCUGAUCCAGCCGUUCGCGUACGAUGUUAAAUGGAGAAUAGAGAUAUAGCCGCGGCAGCAUUUAUUAUACUGUAUAAUUUAAUUAAAACAAAAGAAAAUCGGAAACGUAGAUGUCCACAUUGCUACGUAAUAGAAAUAUGUAAUAAUCUAUUAAAUGAAUUCAGUCUAGGAUCAAUUCAGAAAUUUUAGAAGAAUGACCAAGGGUGACUUUGAAUACCUGCACCAAAGAUAAUGAAAAAUGAUACACAGUUUCGAAAAUCUAUAUCACCAAGAGAAGGUUUAGCCAUAACCUUGCCUUUUUUGGCAACUGGAGACUCCUGCAGCAGCUUGCAAUAUCUUUUCCGAGGGUCAAAAUCUUUAUUUUGCUGUUUUUGCGACGAAAUGAUCCCAUCAGACUUUUAAUUUUUUCUUGGCUUCGCAACAGUACAUUUUUAAUGAUACAUCGAUUACUAGUUGUUGUCAUCCAUAUUUUUUCGAUUUUGAAUCGAACUCUUCGUGCCUAAAGUCCCACAGUACCGGUAAUUUUUCAAACUCUUGCAGUAGUUUUAAAAAUUUAGUAUUAUUCCAUUCCAUCAUUUACUGGACUAAAUACAAUAAACUCUUCAUUCCUGUGCGCCGCGUUAUCGUUUCCGUCCACACUGAGCAUUCGGGAAUCCAUUAAUUCUUCCUUUGAGCAACGUCCUGAGACUGACGCCAGGGGGAUCUCGUUCGGUGUUACUCGCGCACUUGAAAAUGACUAGAAUCAGCUGAAACGUGAAAAACCGAAGUUUUAGCGACUCUUUUUUUUUCGGUCUUGUCCUUUUUCUCCGCCGCCACUGGACGUUUUGCAAAAACUACAAAUCAUUUUCGUCCUUGGCAUAGUAGUAACAGUAUAUAAAAAAUUUCUUCAAAAUUUGAGUGGGGCUUCUCAAGUUACAGGCGGUUAUAGGAUUGGCGGACAGACGAAAAUGAGUGACAUGGUUUUUCGUGAUGUUCAUGUCAUAUAGAAUCCAAAUAUCUCAUUUUCGAAAUUUUUCGCAAUUACAAUACUUCCCCGCCAGUAGGCGUGGGAAGUAAAAGGUUUGGUGGGACACUUCUGCACAAAACAUUAGCAAGGGUGCAUCAAAAAUGGAGCAGCACGAGGUAGUUCCGGAUGUUGUGGAUACGGUUCCUUCAAAAAAAGUUGAGGUUGUUUAUCCCAGUGGAGCUGCAGUUGAAAUGGGCAAUGUUCUAACGCCUACCCAGGUGAAGGACGUUCCAAAAAUCACAUGGGAUGCAGAAAGUAAUCAGCAUUACGUUGUGUGCAUGACUGGUCAGUAUAAACAAAAUGAUGGAUCAGAGAUUCUGAAACAAUUUAAUAUCUAAUGAGACUUUUGCAUUUUUGAUUUCACCAAUGCGGCAUAUAUCAGCUUAGCGCUUGCAUUUUCACCGGCACAACCCAUAUAUGCAUAUUGUGCUGAAUAUAUGAUGCUUAAUGUCCUGACAAAGAAAGCUGCAUAAAACAUAUGGACUCUCAUUAUAAAUAAAUAUAAUAGAGCCGCUCAUAGUCAUUUGUAUGCAUUACUAUUUGUUGGUCUCUGAUAGUCAUAAUUUGUUUGUUGAAAAUAAGUGAAUAAUUUAGUAGCAAUUGAUUUGCAAGCCCUAUGGUAUUUUUUUACCAAUCUUGAAAUAUUCCAUCAAUGCAUGUACUGUGUAUGCUAUUUAAAAGAUGUAUGUUUGUUCUGCAAUGUAGUUAUAAAUUGCAGGAAUCCACAUAUUUACGUUAAACGUAAUAGUCGUAAUUUCAGUAAUUGUUAGAUUCUUCUUGAUAGAUCCGGAUGCACCAAGUCGUAAAGAUCCGAAGUUCAGAGAAUGGCAUCAUUGGCUGGUAGGAAAUGUGCCUGGGUGUGACGUCACCAAGGGAGAGACCCUCUCCGCUUAUGUUGGCUCUGGCCCACCAAAAGGUACUGGGCUACAUCGUUACGUGUUCCUAGUUUAUAAGCAACCAGGGAAACUCAACUUUGAUGAGAAGAGAUUGCCAAAUACAUCUGGGGACAAUCGCGGAAAAUUUUCAAUUAGAAAAUUUGCGCAGAAAUACAAACUGGGAGAACCAGUAGCUGCUAACUUCUAUCAAGCAGAAUGGGAUGACUACGUUCCGAUACUUUAUAAGCAACUGGGAGAUUAAAAAAAAUGUUUCUACGACUAUUGAGUGAUAUGUUAAUUAAAUUAAAUACAUAUACCAUUAUCUACUUUUAAUAAAUAUUCAUUAGAAUCAGU